GUCUUCAACAUGGCGGCGCCCAGGGGCACAAGCCGCACGUGAUGAAGUCCGAGCACCGCGGAAUCGGAGAGUGCAAACAAGUGUGUGAGCCAGUUUCUCUCCGUACCGUCUGUUGCAUCCCUUCGACCUCCCAACUAGGUCCUCGCGGCCCCCUGCCUCUCUGCAGCCAUGAAGACAAAGCCCGUUUCCCACAAGACCGAAAACACGUACCGGUUCCUUACAUUUGCUGAACGACUGGGGAAUGUGAAUAUUGAUAUUAUUCACCGGAUUGAUAGAACUGCAAGCUAUGAUGAGGAAGUUGAAACCUACUUUUUUGAGGGUCUGCUGAAAUGGAGAGAAUUGAACCUUACAGAACACUUUGGCAAAUUUUACAAAGAAGUUAUUGACAAAUGCCAGUCCUUCAAUCAGUUGGUCUAUCAUCAAAAUGAGAUAGUUCAGAGUCUGAAGACUCACCUGCAAAUCAAGAACAGUUUUGCCUAUCAGCCCCUUUUGGAUUUGGUUGUACAGUUGGCACGAGAUCUGCAGACGGACUUCUAUCCACAUUUUCAGGAAUUUUUCCUGACUAUCACCUCAAUCCUGGAGACUCAGGACACAGAGUUAUUAGAAUGGGCUUUCACCUCACUGUCCUAUCUUUACAAGUACCUGUGGAGACUAAUGGUGAAGGACAUGUCCAAUAUAUACAGCAUGUAUAGUACACUCCUGGCUCAUAAAAAACUACAUAUAAGAAAUUUUGCUGCUGAAAGUUUUACUUUUUUGAUGAGAAAGGUUUCUGAUAAAAAUGCACUUUUCAAUAUAAUGUUUCUUGAUCUUGAUGAACAUCCGGAAAAGGUAGAAGGAGUUGGACAGUUGCUCUUUGAAAUGUGCAAAGGAGUUAGAAACAUGUUUCAUUCCUGUACAGGGAAGGCAGUGAAGCUAAUUUUACAAAAACUAGGACCAGUUACUGAAACAGAAACUCAACUACCAUGGAUUUUAGUUGGAGAAACACUCAAAAACAUGGUCAAAUCCACUGCGUCCUACAUCUGCAAGGAACAUUUUGGUACAUUUUUUGAAUGUUUGCAAGAAUCACUCUUAGAUCUACAUACAAAAGUAACCACAACUAACUGUGGGGAAAGUUCUGAACAGAUAAAAAGGUUGUUAGAAACAUAUCUGAUACUUGUGAAACAUGGGAACGGAUCAAAGAUAAUCAAACCUGUCGAUGUUUGUAAGGUUUUAUCUCAAACAUUACAAAUAGCCAGUCUUUCUACAGCUUGCCGGGAGACCCUCUUGGCUGUAAUUUCUGCUUUGAUCCUGGGUGAAAAUGUUUCCUUGCCAGAGACUCUUAUCAAAGAAACUAUACAAAAGAUUUUUGAGAGCAGAUUUGAAAGACGUUUAAUUUUGGAUUUUUCUGAAGUUAUGUUUGUUAUGAAGCAGUUUGAGCAGCUUUUCCUACCAAGCUUUCUCUUGUAUAUUGAAAAUUGCUUCUUGAUUGAUGAGGCUGCUGUCAAAGAUGAAGCUCUGGCCAUUUUGGCCAAGCUCAUUCUAAACAAAGCAGCACCUCCCACUGCUGGCUCGAUGGCAAUUGAGAAGUACCCCCUGGUCUUUUCACAACAGACGGUGGGAUCCUAUUUAAGGCAGAAGAAGACUAGAUCCAAGGGAGGAAAAGAACAGACCCCAGUAUUGGACCACCUCUUAUCUAUAAUUCAGUUACCCCCAAAUAAAGAUGCUACUUACCUUUCACAUUCUUGGGCAGCCCUUGUCGUGUUACCUCAUAUUAGACCUCCUGAGAAAGAUAAGGUGAUACCACUAGUCACAUGCUUCAUAGAGUCACUCUUCGUGAAUGUUGACAGAGGCAGCUUUGGAAAAGGUCAGUUACAAUCCCCAUUUGUUUUCUUCUGUCUUCUCUGGCACAGCCAAAGUGACUGCCGUAUAAAAAACAGGCUACCUGCAAAUCUGACUUGUGAACCAAAGUUUGCCAGCCUCUGGCAGUUAAUUGCUCAUUUGCAAGUUUUCUCUAAGUUUUCAAAUCCACGAGCCUUAUAUCUGGAAUCUAAAUUAUAUGAGCUGUAUCUUCAGUUGUUGCUACAUCAAGAUCAAAUGGUGCAAAAAAUAACCCUGGAUUGUAUAAUGACAUAUAGACAUCCACAUAUCCUCCCUUACAGGGAAAACUUACAAAGAUUGCUUGAAGACAGAAGCUUUAAGGAAGAGAUAGUGCAUUUUAGCAUUUCUGAAGAUAAUACAGUAGUGAAAACAGCCCACCGAGCAGAUCUGUUUCCUAUUCUGAUGAGAAAGCAGAUUCUUAAAAAAAUAUUUUUUUUUUCAACUUGGCAUUUGCAGAAUAUACAACAGGAUUAUACCACAGUGCUUUCCUGUUUAAUUCAAACCUUUCCAGAUCAACCAGAAUUUAAAGACUUGGUACAGCUUACUGAUUGCCAUGAUCCAGAAAUGGACUUCUUUGAGAAUAUGAAGCACAUUCAGAUCCACAGAAGAGCAAGAGCCUUGAAGAAACUGGCAAAACAACUAAUGGAAGGCAAAGUUGUGCUCUCUUCUAAAGCUCUUCAGAAUUACAUCAUGCCUUAUGCCAUGACUCCAAUUUUUGAUGAGAAAAUGCUCAAGCAUGAAAAUAUAACCGUUGCUGCCACAGAAGUUAUUGGAGCUAUUUGCAGACAUCUCUCUUGGUCAGCAUAUAUCUAUUACUUGAAACAUUUCAUUCAUGUUUUACAGACAGGACAGAUCAAUCAAAAGUUGGGUGUCAGUUUGCUAGUAAUAGUGUUAGAAGCAUUCCACUUUGACCAUAAAACUCUUGAAGAACAAGUGAGAAAAAUCCAGAAUGAUGAAAACACAAUAGAAGUGAUUGAGUUGCCAGAGCAUGAAACCAUGGAAUUAGAGCAAAUGGAUGAGGAAGAGAAGGAAAACAAAUGUAAGAGUUUGUCAGACAAUAGCCAAGAAUUGGGAAAUCCUGAUCCAGCUGAUUGUGAAGGGACAUCAGCUAGAGAACCUGAGUGUAUCACGGAGUCCAUCUCUUUCCUUCCUCGGAAUAAGGAAGAAUUGGAGAGAACAAUUAAAAAUAUCCAAGGAACCAUAACUGGGGAUAUCCUUCCCCGGCUACAUAAAUGCCUGGCAUCUACGACUAAAAGGGAAGAAGAACACAAGCUCAUAAAAUCCAAGGUUGUGAAUGAUGAGGAAGUAGUUCGAGUUCCUUUAGCUUUUGCCAUGGUUAAACUAAUGCAGUCCCUUCCACAAGAAGUUAUGGAAGCUAAUCUGCCAAGUAUUUUGUUGAAAGUGUGUGCCCUCCUCAAGAACAGAGCACAGGAAAUCAGAGACAUUGCACGCAGCACUCUCACAAAAAUAAUAGAAGAUCUAGGUGUGCACUACCUACAGUAUAUUUUAAAAGAGUUACAGACUACCCUUGUCCGUGGAUAUCAGGUCCAUGUGCUAACUUUCACUGUUUACAUGUUGCUGCAAGGCCUCACGAACAAGCUACAAGUUGGGGAUUUGGACUCUUGUUUAGAUAUAAUGAUGGAGAUUUUUAACCAUGAGUUGUUUGGUGCCAUUGCUGAAGAGAAGGAAGUGAAGCAGAUCCUCUCCAAAGUCAUGGAGGCACGAAGAAGCAAAAGUUACGAUUCUUAUGAAAUCCUGGGCAAGUUUGUAGGAAAAGAUCAGGUUACAAAACUUAUCCUUCCAUUAAAAGAGAUCUUACAAAAUACCACAAGUUUAAAACUGGCCCGGAAAGUUCAUGAAACCUUGCGCCGAAUCAUAGCAGGAUUAAUUGUAAAUCAGGAAAUGACUGCAGAAUCCAUUCUAUUGCUCAGUUAUGGUUUGGUCAGUGAAAAUCUCCCCCUGUUAACAGAAAAAGAAAAAAAUCCAGGAGCCCCUGCACUAGAUCCACGUCUCCCACCCGAGAGCUGUCUUCUGCUCCCCCCAACUCCAGUUCGAGGUGGGCAGAAAGCUGUUGUGAGCAGGAAAACCAACAUGCACAUAUUUAUUGAGUCCGGGCUUCGGCUGCUACAUCUGAGUCUGAAGACUUCCAAGAUCAAGUCUUCAAGUGAACCUAUUCUGGAAAUGUUGGAUCCUUUUGUCUCUCUCCUUAUAGACUGCCUGGUUUCCAUGGAUGUGAAGGUGAUCACAGGUGCUUUACAAUGCCUGAUCUGGGUCUUGAGGUUCCCUCUGCCUUCCAUAGAAACAAAAGCAGAACAGCUGACCAAACACCUUUUCCUUUUGCUGAAGGACUAUGCAAAACUUGGAGCUGCCAGGGGCCAGAACUUCCACCUGGUGGUAAAUUGUUUCAAGUGUGUGACCAUACUUGUGAAGAAAGUGAAGUCUUACCAGAUAACCGAGAAGCAGCUUCAAGUUCUACUAGCAUAUGCUGAGGAAGACAUUUAUGAUACUUCAAGACAGGCUACUGCAUUUGGUCUUCUGAAGGCCAUUUUAUCAAGAAAGUUGUUGGUCCCGGAAAUUGAUGAUGUCAUGCGGAAAGUAUCCAAGUUGGCAAUUUCUGCACAAAGCGAACCUGUCAGAGUCCAGUGCAGACAGGUUUUUCUGAAAUAUAUUCUUGACUAUCCCCUGGGUGACAAAUUGAGACCAAACUUGGAAUUCAUGCUUGCUCAACUGAAUUACGAACAUGAGACCGGGAGAGAGUCUGCUCUGGAAAUGAUCUCCUACCUCUUUGACACAUUCCCUCAGGGACUGCUCCAUGAGAACUGCGGAAUGUUCUUUAUUCCUCUUUGUCUAAUGAUGGUGAAUGAUGCCUCUGCCAUGUGUAAAAAGAUGGCAUCCAUGACAAUCAAAUCUUUACUCAGUAAAAUCAACCUUGAGAAAAAAGAUUGGCUCUUUGAAAUGGUUACCACCUGGUUUGGAGCAAAAAAGAGCUUAAAUAGACAACUGGCUGCUCUCAUCUGUGGCUUGUUUGUGGAAAGUGAAGGAGUCUCUUUUGAGAGAAGACUUGGAACUAUUCUUCCUGUGAUUGAAAAGGAAAUUGAUCCUGAAAACUUUAAAGAUAUCAUGGAAGAGACUGAAGAAAAAGCUGCAGAUCGCCUUCUGUUUAGUUUUCUUACACUGAUUAGUAAACUCAUCAAGGAAUGUAAUAUUAUUCAGUUUACCAAGCCCUCUGAGACGUUGAAUAAAAUCUGGAGUUAUGUGCACUGUCACCUGAGACAUUCACACAGCUGGGUGUGGCUCACUGCAGCCCAGAUUUUUGGAUUACUCUUUGCCUCUUGCCAACCAGAGGAACUUAUUAGAAGACAGAAGGCCAAAAAAACUAAAAAGAAACUCUCAGUACCUGUAGCAAUAAGGUUCCUAACAGAUGACCUUGAACAAAAGAUGAAAAGUAUCUCCCUAGCCUCUUGCCAUCAAUUGCAUUCCAAAUUCUUAGAUCAGUCCCUAGGAGAGCAGGUUGUUAAGAAUUUGUUAUUUGUAGCCAAAGUCUUAUAUUUACUGGAACCUGAAUCUGAGGAUAAGCAAGGUAAGAUAAAAGAAGACAUGGAAGAACAAGAAGCUUUAGGAGAUGGUGUGGCCAGAGGGGAAGUAAAAGAACACAAGUCCUGUGCAGAUGUGAAGAUGGACUCUGACAAAGAAGAGAACGAGGAGGCAAAGGAAGAACACAGCAAGCCAGCCACGCUGCUGUGGCUGAUCCAGAAGUUGUCCCGGAUCGCAAAACUGGAGGCUGCCUAUUCACCUAGAAACCCCUUAAAGAGAUCGUGCAUCUUUAAGUUUCUCGGAGCUGUAGCAUUGGAUCUUGGAAUAGACAAGGUGAAGCCGUAUCUCCCAGUGAUCAUAGCUCCUUUGUUCCGAGAAAUGAACAGCACCUACUCGGACCAGGAUCCUAUGCUGAAGAAUCUAUCCCAGGAAAUCAUGGAAUUACUCAAAAAGCUGGUUGGACUUGAGAGCUUCUCCUUAGCCUUUGCCUCAGUACAGAAACAGGCUAAUGAGAAAAGGGCACUCCGGAAAAAGAGGAAGGCUUUAGAGUUCGUAACUAAUCCUGAUAUUGCUGCCAAGAAAAAGCUGAAGAAACACAAAAAUAAAAGUGAAGCGAAGAAGAGAAAGAUAGAGUUCCUACGUCCAGGCUAUAAGACCAAGAGACAAAAGAGCCACAGCCUGAAAGAUUUAGCAAUGGUGGAGUAAUAUGCUCCCUCUGCUGAUAAAGUAUCUCAAUUUACCCCAAAGCAUGAACUUCUCAGUGUAUCUGCUGGUCUGAAAUCACAGCAGGUUUUAUUAUUUAAGUUAAACUGGCAAAGAUUGUAUAUUACACAGUUUAAUAUAAUCAUGCUCAUAUUUUUUAAAUUAAAACAUUUUCAUAAUACUGUA